CUCGGGAAGGGCUCUACGUCGACCGCGUUUGGCCAAUCAAGACCACCGCGCUGCCGCUACGCAUUAGACAACGAUGAGCGAGGAGCUGCCGCGCGAGGAGGGGCGGCCGAGCGAGGAGGAGCUGCCGAGCGAGGAGGGGCUGCCCGAGCGACGCAUUUGUGCCGUCGUUCAAGGCGUCGAGCAGUUCGACUGCGUGCACUUGUGCUUCUACCUCUUCAGCUUCUCCAUCAUCGGGUUUGUUCUCGCCGACGUUGCCUCGGGCUGCGUGCUCUUCCUCCUCAUGGUCGCGUUCGCUUUAGCGUUCACAAGCGCGCAAAAAGAAGACCGUUGUCUCAUGCGCGCCGCUCUCUUGAUAUAUGUACUAGGACUGCUCCUCCUGGUCGUGGCCAUCGUCCUGCUCGCCAUGAAAACGCACCGCGUGACGUCGCUGACUCCGGAUCCGACGUGCGAGCCCUGGGCGGGCUCCUGCCAAGAGGGGGGUCUGCGCUCCGACGGGCGCAUCGAGUGCGACGACUGCUCCGACGAGAUAUCCUGCGUGGACCUGUCCGCCGACGGCUAUUGGUGGUCCGAGAGGGGCGCCAGGUACUUCCCGGCAGCGGAAGAUUCUGGCAAAUACUGGGGUUGGGGAAGGAGAAGACGCCUGAACGGGUGCGGACUCCCACAAGAACCCUCCAAGGAGGAAACAAAUGGCUCGUUCGGUGCGAAAGGAGGUGAAGAACAGAUAAGCCGGUGGGAGGAGGCAAAAGAAACGGGUGACUGCCGGCCGCUCUUCACGAGCCAGACCAAGUGCGAAGAAUACUGGGGACGCUGGCAGGACGCGUGGCGCGGGGAGUGGUGCGAUUGGCUCAUCGGCGGGCUCUUCUUCCAGGCGUUACUGUUAUUAUGUAAUAUCGGCUUGAUGCAGAGAAGAACUCGGAAAUCUCCUGUCGACGCGCAAGCCCGACCACUACCGCUCGGGCCGCCGCGCCCCCAACGGCAGCAGUCGGACGUCCAGUGCUCUAUCUGCCUCGGACCGUACAUCGAACGCGCGUGGACGAAGUGCAACCACAGCUUCUGCCGGAGGUGCAUCACGGAAGUGUGUCGGACGAACCCGCCGACGAAUCGAGCCCCGUGUCCGUUUUGCAGGCGGCCCGUGCUUUUGGGCGAGCUCGAGAGACGACCUAGCGUGGCGGACGCGAUUCCGCACGAGCCCGAGCGCAGCGGAUUUGGCGCGCGCUUCUGGGCUUUCGUGACCGCCGAGCCCACUUCGGAGCCGACGGAGAAUGCUUGAGAUUUAUCGGGCCAACCUCGGCCUUCCGCCGAUCGAGCAGUGAGCGUCACACUUGAUCACCCCACUCACUUUCACAUGGUCUUUCCAACCCUCGUACUACGGAUUCCUCUCUGACCCUAGGACAGUAAAAACGUUUGCUUU